UCAACAUAACCUCAAAAAAAUGUCAGUCGCACAUUUUUCGAAGAAAUUUCUAUUUUUGUGAAUUAAAAAUAUUAAAAAUAGGAGAAAAACGAGAAAAAUUGUUUGAAAAUGCAGAAAAUGCGAAUUGUACCUGCUGUCAAGCUUUUACAAAUGACAUUUGUAAAUAAUAAUUUAUGUCAUGGGAGAAGUAAUUUUAUAAAGACAAUAACACCAGGAUGUGCGUUUGUUUAUUCAGAUAGGAAUUUUUAUUCCUCGAAGCCGCUUCCCAUGGCGAAGCCUGAAUUGAAACCAAAGAAUGUCUGGUUCUUUGAAAAAUAUUUAGACAAAAAUAAUUUUUUUCAUCCACACAGAUUUAGAUUUAUGACAUUAGGACAUUUCUUAUACGAAAAUGUCGUUGAUGCUUUAGACUAUGACCAGUUUAAUAAAGAACUCAAAUUGCCGGACACCUUUAAUUCGUGGUUUGUAGUAACAGAACUUCAUGUAUGGUUGUUAAUGGUUCGUUGCAUGCAAGAAGGAGACGAUGGAAAAAUUACAAGAAAUCACCUCGUAAAAGCGUUAUGGAAUGAUUGCGAUGAGAGGGGAAAGCUACUUGACACAGAGGAGAGUCGAGUGAACCCUAAAAAGGUAAAGAAACAAAUGAAAGAACUUGUGGGACAAUUUAAUGCAUGUAUUAUUGCUUACGACGAAGGUCUCACUGGAGAUGAUACAAUUCUUGCCGACGCGAUUUGGCGACGAUUUUUCCUUUCCGAAGGUAAUGAUCCGGAAAAAGUAGAAAAGCUCGUUCACUACAUAAGAAAGCAGAUGUAUUUAUUAGAUGAAACACCUUGGGCGGAAAUAUUUCGUAAGAAAUCAAUUGACUGGAAAGGUUUAGACAUAAUAAAAUCCGAUUAAUUUGAAAUUAGUACAAUCUAAAAUGUGUAGUUGUCAGAAUUUUACUGUAAAUA